UCGUAUCAAGAUCUUCACAUAUUAUUACAGAUUCGAAUUUAUGCAACAGUAAUGGCUUUCUGCAUUGCUUCAACCGCUGGUAUAGUUUCUUCCAUCUCUGUUUGUCCAAACCGUGGAGUGUUACUUUUCUCUAAAAGGCCUACCAGCAGUAUUAGUGUACAAAAGCCAGUCCAGUGCAUUGCUAGCUCAGAAAUUAAUGCUUCAACGGCUGUUAGGCGAUCAGCGAAUUACCAACCUUGCAUUUGGGACGAAGAUCACCUGCUAUCCUUGACUAAUGAGUACAUGGAAGAUAAAUACAGAGAGAAGGCAGACAAGCUGACGGAAGAAGUGAGGAAGAUGACAGAUAAUGUAGACAAGGAGAAUCCAUUGAAACAGCUUGAGCUGGUUGACAACUUACAGAGAUUGGGAUUGGCUUACCGUUUUGAAAAUGAGAUAAACAACAUAUUGAACAAUAUUCAUAAUAACAGUGAUGAUAAAUGGAAGAAAGGAAAUCUAUAUGCAACCUCUCUAGAGUUUAGACUCCUCAGACAACACAGUUAUAAUAUUAGUGAAGGUAGUGAUCGAUCGAAGAAGUUUAAUCUUUAA